AUGAAGAAGCAAUAUUUGAGGCAAGGGACCGUUGCCGUGAACUGGCUUCAGCUGUAUGAACUAGAUUUUCCUUCCAUCCUGGCAUCGGACGCGACUGAUGAGCUUACAAAGAUCAGCACGCAGCUUUUGUAUGGGGACUUUCGGUCACUCAGCGACCCUCAGUACCACACUUACUGCUAUGCAGCCUUGCAGGCUCUGCAGAUGUAUGGCCAGUACCUUGCUGGAAUAUAUCACGAACAAGCAGAGAAGCUAACAGAAGCCCAGAAUUUUUAUCUUAAAGCAGAAGCGGCCCCGGAAACCCUAAAGAAACGCCUAGAGGAGUACCAAGCGGAGAACAAGCACCUUAAGGAGGUAAUACGCAACAUAACUCAGAUGAAUGCGUCCCUACUGAAGAGGUUUGUGUGCCUUAGGGAUCAGUUUAACUCUGUUGUUCCUCUCCUGCAAUUGCUUCCCAAGUGCCGCUGUGGCAAGACAUUUAUCAGUAAGGAUACUCUUCUUCAUCAUAUGAAGGUAUCUCAUCCCCAUUGGCCGAUUCCUCCAGAGUAUGAGGAGAGGUAUUUUGUCGCUCCUCAGAAGCCUAGGCGAAUAGCGAAGACAAGAUUGGUUGAGAGCGCAAGGAGCUACCAGCGUAGCGACAGUGGUAAUGACGAUGAAGCCUGUUACGAGAGUCAAGACUCUGAUCCUGAGCCCCCGGGUAAGGCGGAAGCCUUUCACAGAGCCUCUAAAAGAUCAAAGCGACAGACACGCGUGGUCACAUCACCAGUCCCGCGAUCCUACUCAAAUAACGGCGAGUAUAGUUCUGCGCAUGGAAAAAUCCUAGAGAGCUCUUAUGAGCCACCACGAUCGUACUCUUCAUAUGUUCCGCAGUCUCAAGUUAUAACUGCAAGAUCCAACCAUUCCUCAGCGCCAACUGCUGUGCACGUGGUCCCCGGACCCAAAGAACAUGGCCAGUUGCAGUACAUAAUUCCGCAUAACGUCUCACCAGGACAUGUGGCUGCGUCAGAGUCUACCCACAAUAACCUCAAAAGUGAUGAACUCGAGGCACUGGUCGAACGGGCCAUUGCACGUAGCUUGAGCACUUAUAAGGCCACUUUCCAACCCACUGGCUGCGCUGCUGAUGACGAUAGCCAAAGGGGCGCACCUCUCCCUCCCCCUAUCAUGACUUCGUGUGGGCCUCCCUACUUGAGCAGUCAGGUUGGAGAACAGCAGACACUGCUGUAUCAACCAGAGGACUACGAAAUAUGCCCUACUAGCAAGACAGAGCUGAAAUCUCCGAUAGGCUUCCGACAGACUGCUGCGCCAGCCACUGAUAUGACUAGGACUGCUCGUCUAGAGCAAGCUUCCGAGGCGGCAAGUAGUGUGAAGCCACCGCCCUAUGCACUCGUCCCAAACUAUGUCUCCUCACAAUUGGGCUCAGAGUCACUACAAUCCUUACAUGAAAGAGACCCAUUUUCAGGACAAGCGAGCGUGCCCUCACAACACCAGACGAAUCCGGCAUCUAGUGUAGCGCCGAUCAAUCCUACAAUACUCCAAGCCACAGCACCUGUAGUCACGCUAAAUCCAAGUGCCACCUUUGUCCAUCCUCCGGAUAACAUUCUUAGCCCGUUGCACAAUAAGCAGAAGGUAGAGCAGCAGAAUCAAGAGUCCCAGGCGCACGCUCCUGCAGCCAUCAGCCAAGUAAGUAGAGAAAGCACCCUGUUCGCCGAAGACCCAGAGCCUCAGCCAGACACGUCUACAGCAGAAAAUAUUGCACAUAUAAAUGACGCCUUGACAGAGCAUGUAAGGGAAACUUGGCCGGAGCUUUUUCAGAAGCCCGAGGCUCUUCCGUACAAUCUGGACUUAACCGAGCCGGAGAUUCUUCGUCGGAUAAGUGUGCUGAAUAGGAGCAUUAACAACGCCGUCGCUGCAAACAAUAUUAUGCACUCUAGCCUUUCGGGCUAUCAUUCCUCUCUCAGCACGUAUGAAGAAUUUGGAAGCACCAUAAAUGACCUCUCACAUAGAUCGUGA